CCUGUCCUGUAACCCUUUUCCCACACCGCUCUCCCUCUCCGGCGGACGCAUUUCAAAUUCGAAUCCGGUCUUCUCCGGUGCCACACCACCACACUGGCUCCGCCCCCACCCAUGGCCACCAACGCCCUGCUGUCACCGGCGGCGGGCAGGACGCCGAACCCCAAGGCGACUCCCUCCCCGUCCGCGCGCCGCGCCGGCCCGGCCCCUGACGCGGCCACGGCCGCCGCCGCAGCCGCGACCUCGGACACCAAGGCGCGGUUCGAGGCCUACAACCGGCUGCAGGCGGCGGCGGUGGCGUUCGGGGAGAAGCUCCCGAUUCCGGAGAUAGUGGCCAUCGGGGGCCAGUCCGACGGCAAGAGCUCGCUCCUCGAGGCGCUCCUCGGCUUCCGCUUCAACGUCCGCGAGGUCGAGAUGGGCACCCGCCGCCCCCUCGUCCUCCAGAUGGUCCACGACCCCGCCGCCCUCGAGCCCCGAUGCCGCUUCCAGGUUCGUGCCCCCGCUCUUCCUCCUAGGGUUUUCCCCCUUCCUCCUCGCUCAGAUCGGGUUCUAGCGACUCGCGAGCGAGUGGCUGAAUCUAGUGUUGAUUUGCGCAACGCGUCACAGGAGGAGGACUCGGAGGAGUACGGCCACCCGAUGGUCCUGUCCUCGGCCAUCGCCGACCUCAUCAAGCAGCGCACCGAGUCGCACCUCCGGACCAUCCAGGCCGCCGUCUCGCCCAAGCCCAUCGUCAUGCGGGCCGAGUACGCGCACUGCCCCAACCUCACCAUCAUCGACACCCCAGGCUUCGUGCUCAAGUCUAAGAAAGGUGAGCCGGAGAGGACGCCUCAGGAGAUCCUCUCGAUGGUGAAGACGCUAGCCAGCCCGCCCCACCGCCUCAUUCUCUUCCUCCAGCAGAGCAGCGUCGAGUGGUGCUCCUCGCUCUGGCUGGAUGCAAUCAGAGAGAUCGACCCCUCUUUCAGGCGCACCAUGAUAGUCAUCUCCAAGUUUGACAACCGACUCAAGGAAUUUACUGAAAAAUGGGAGGUGGACAGCUACUUGAGUGCGAGCGGUUACCUUGGUGACAACAUCCACCCAUUCUUUGUGGCUCUUCCGAAGGACCGAGGAACGGUCUCCAAUGAGGAGUUCAGGCGGCAAAUAUGCCAGGUAGAUAUUGAUGUGUUGAAGCACUUGCGUGAUGGCGUGAAAGGGGGUUUCAAUGAAGAGAAGUAUGGUCCAUACAUCGGGUUCAGUCGCCUCAGGAAGUACCUGGAGUCCGAGCUUCAGAAGAGGUACAAAGAAGCUGCUCCAGCCACCCUGGCAUUGUUAGAGCAGAGAUGCUGUGAUGUCUCGAUUGAUCUAUCCAGACUGGACUCCAAGCUGCAAGCAACCUCUGAUGUCUCUCAGCUGAGGAGAUCAGCUAUGCUUCAUGCUGCUUCUAUUUGCACUCAUUUGCGCGCAUUACUUGAUGGAGCAGCUGAUCCAGCCCCAGAGCUAUGGGGUAAAACUACUGAAGAGGAACAAAUGCACAGUGGUAUUGGCAGCUGGCCUGGCAUCAGUGUUCCUGUAAAACCUCCCAACUCCACUCUUAAGCUGUAUGGCGGUGCAGCUUUUGAGAGGGCAAUGCAUGAAUUCCGUUGUGCAACAUACUCGAUUGAGUGCCCACAGGUGUCAAGGGAGAAGGUUGCAAACAUAUUGCUUGCCCAUGCUGGAAGAGGUGGGAGCAGUGGGGUGACUGAGGCAGCUGCUGAGAUAGCACGUGCAGCUGCACGGUCGUGGCUUGCUCCUCUCACAGAAACUGCGUGUGAUCGGCUUGCAUUUGUCCUGCAAAGCCUAUUUGACCUUGCAAUGGAGCGCAGCCGCAAUGAUGAUUCAAAAUAUCAAAAUGUUGAAAAUAUGGAUGGAUAUGUUGGCUUCCUUGCUGCUCUCCGGUGCUCCUAUUAUAAGUUCGUCAAGGAUUUGUCCAAGCAAUGCAAGCAGAUAGUACGCCACCACCUUGAUUCAGUUACGAGCCCCUACUCCCAUAUUUGUUAUGAGAGCGACUUUCUUGGUGGUGCUGGGUCUGUAGCAAACACCCUUCACAGGUUUAACCAGUUCAAUGGAGUUGCAUCGUUUGACCUAUCAGACAGUGGAUCUGCACUAGAGGAAGGCCAGGAGAAUGUACCACCAAAAGAUCAGCAGCAUAUGACACCGCCUGCUAAAGCAAAUGAGUCGAAGGACAUUCUGAGAGAAAGCCAGCUGACAGUUCCUGAGACGCCUUCUCCUGAUCUGCCAGGUGAUAUGCAUGGUGGUAAGAAGAAAGACAACGGAAACAUGAAUGAUGGCGGUGCAAGGAAAAGACAUGCAAGGAUGGCAGCAUAUGCAAACAGGAAUCACCAUAACAAUAUUACUGUUGGUGCUGAUGAUCUGGUCUCAAAAGCAGGGUCAUCGUAUUCCAGUAUAUGCUCAAUAUCUGCGCAGUAUUUUUCCAAAAUGCGUGAAGUCCUGAUUGAAAGGAAUGUUCCCUCUGCGUUGAACUCUGGAUUCUUAACACCAUGCCGUGAAAGGUUGUUUCUAGCGCUUGGAUUUGAGCUGUUUGCUGUAAAUGACGACAAGUUCAUGGACAUGUUUGUGUCUCCUGGCGCAGUUGAUUCCAUCCAGAACGAGCGCCAGUCUCUGCUGAAGCGUCAAAAGAUUUUGCUGUCCUGUUUGAGUGAGUUCAAGAACAUCUCGCGGACUCUGUAAUUGAGAUCCUUCUGGUAAUUCUUCCACCGGCAUGUAUUCAUGAGCUUCAGGGGUAUCCCUACAAUGUUGUUGUUUUAUUACCGUUGCAAAUCCUCCUUACCCCUCAUGCUUCUGUACCUUAUCGCAAGCUAUUCUUUCUGUUGUUUGUAUGUCAAAGUUACUUAUUGACAAGCUGUGUACCACUUAGCAUUUGUUCAACAUUGACAUUAUCCCUGUCAGAUAUUGGGGCUUAUAAACUCGGUUACAAAUUUGCAACUUGGAGAUGAUUUGAAUGUGAAUUAUGUGAUGAUGUCGAAUCUCA